GAGGUUGAGAUGACAGGAUUGUUAGGCCGUCCGGUGGGCCGUAAGACCAGUCUGUUGACGGCCGGAUACCACGGACCGGCACUAUUGCAAGACUUUCAGUUCCUGGAAGAGAUGGCACACUUCGAUAGGGAACGCAUACCCGAGCGGGUGGUUCACGCCAAAGGGAGCGGUGCUUUC